AUGCCGGAGACUUCAAAAAUGAAUGGAUAUGCAAAAACAAACGGUCACAGUUAUGAUAUGGAAGAUGGAUCAGUCUUUUUAUUUACAUCAGAAUCUGUUGGCGAGGGACAUCCAGAUAAAAUGUGUGAUCAAAUAAGUGACGCAGUUCUCGAUGCGCAUUUAAGACAAGAUCCUGAUGCAAAAGUGGCAUGUGAAACUGUCACUAAGACGGGGAUGGUCCUUCUGUGUGGUGAAAUUACAUCGAAAGCUAAUGUUGACUAUCAAAAGGUUGUAAGAGAAACAGUGAAGCAUAUUGGUUAUGAUGAUUCUUCUAAAGGCUUUGACUACAAGACUUGCAGUGUGAUGCUUGCUCUGGAUCAGCAGUCGCCAAACAUUGCAGCUGGAGUACAUGAGAACAGAAGCGAGGAGGAUGUUGGGGCUGGUGAUCAGGGAUUGAUGUUUGGAUAUGCUACUGAUGAAACAGAAGAAUGUAUGCCUCUUACAGUAGUGCUUGCCCAUAAACUCAAUCAAAAAAUUGCAGAACUUAGGCGAAAUGGUGAAUUUUGGUGGGCUCGACCAGAUUCUAAGUCACAGGUUACUUGUGAAUAUGUAUUUGCUGGUGGUGCAACGGUGCCACAAAGAGUGCACACAGUUGUUGUUUCUCUGCAACAUUCUGAGAAGGUAACCUUGGAGACACUUCGUGAAGAAAUAAGAGAUAAAGUGAUUAAGGAAGUGAUUCCUGCACAGUACUUUGAUGACAGAACAAUUGUUCAUAUCAAUCCUUCUGGACUUUUCAUCAUUGGUGGACCUCAGUCGGACGCGGGGCUGACGGGGCGCAAAAUCAUCGUGGACACGUACGGCGGAUGGGGCGCGCACGGCGGCGGCGCGUUCUCAGGCAAGGACUUCACCAAGGUGGACCGCUCGGCCGCCUACGCCGCGCGCUGGGUCGCCAAGUCGCUCGUGCGCGCCGGCCUCUGCCGCCGCUGCAUGGUGCAGGUUGCUUACGCAAUUGGUGUGGCUGAGCCAUUGUCAAUCACGGUUUUCGAUUAUGGUACAUCUAACAAGACCCAACAAGAACUUCUGGCUAUUGUACAGAAGAAUUUCGAUCUCCGGCCUGGGAAAAUUGUUAAAGAGCUCAAUCUUAAAGCGCCGAUAUAUCAAAGAACCAGUACUUAUGGGCACUUCGGUCGAGAGGGAUUCCCAUGGGAGAACCCGAAACCACUUAUUGUAGAUUGA